AAAAUUUGUUAAAACAAAAAAAAAUAGCAAAAAAAAAAAUUUAAAAAAAUUUAAAGAGAUGGCAAUGGAGAAAGAGUUGAGAAAAAGAAAUGAGGAAUUAGAAAAAGCUUUAAAAGAAAGCAAAAAAAGAGAAGAAGAAAUGAGAAAUGAAUUGCUGAAAACUUGGCAUAGAUUGAGAGUUGCGGAGGAUGCUGAGGAAAGGCUAUGCUCACAGCUCGGUGAGCUUGAAGCUGAAGCUCUUAAUCAGGCGCGUGCUCAUAACGCUCGGGUUCUCUUCCUCAUGGAUCAGCUUUCUCAGCUCUCUGCUUCAUAAUUAAGGACCAAUUUUGUGUAUUAUAUUAUUGAGUAUUAGUAUGCAAUUUUGUACUUUUUCUUUUCAAUUUGGAAUAAACCAAAUUCAAAUUCUGGAAUA